AUGGAAGAAGACAGAGAUGCAACAAAAGUUUGUAAUUACGAGAACGACCAUUUAAUACGAGUUAAUGGAAUAUUAUAUGAUAUAGCAUUUGCAUCAAAACAUCCUGGUGGACAAAAGGUACUUAAACAUUUAGCAGGUGAAAAUGUUGAUGAUAUAUGAAUGGUACUAAGCGUAUCCUGGGAAACAUACACAUUCAGCUGCUGCAUAUCGAAUGCUUCAAAAAUAUUCCGUUGAUAAUUGCUAUCAGGACAAGUUGGUGGUGGUACCACUUGUUUGGUUACCUUUGGUGAUUAUCUUUACACUACGCGCUUUUUCAAUGAUUUUCCAGGACUAUGGAUUUCUGUACGGCCUCAUUAUUUGGACGUUCCUUUUACAUUAGGUGUUCUUGCAUGGACUCUUCUGGAAUAUCUUCUUCAUCGUUUUGCAUUUCACUGGAAGCCUAAUCCAGAAUCAUGCGCUCAAAUUAUUUUGCAUUUCCUAUUACAUGGUUGCAUCAUAAAACACCAAUGGAUGGUGAUCGUUGGUUUUUCCACCUGUCCGGCAGCUCAAUUGUUGCAUUUUUUUAUUAUUUAUAUACUUCAUUACUACCAUACGACUUGUUUUGUUGUUUUGGAGCUGGUAAAUUGUUUUGGUUAUAUCAUUUACGAUUGUUCACAUUAUUAUUUUCAUCAUGCCGAUCCAUUACCAGGAACAAAUCUACACUUUCGAAAAGUCUAUCAUAAUAAUCAUCAUUUCAAGCAUUUCGAUUUGGCUUUGGUAUAUCGACUGUUUUAUGGGAUUAUGUUUUUAAUACAGUUGGUGCAGGUCCACUAUGA